AUGUCUAGACGAAAUUAUAAACGAUGGCGACAAGCAGAAGAAGAAGACGCAGCCCAAGUUUUCAAGGAAUUCAUAGAAACUUUUCAAAGUUCACCUUCAGUUGCAAAUAAAAUAUUUGUCAGAUCUGGUGUUCUGUAUCCAGAUAAACAAGAAAAAGGUGAGGAAACUGCAGGGCAAAUUUAUAAACCAAUUCCAUUAAUUCCAACCAAAGAUGUAGAAACUAGUCAAGCUAUUGAAUGUGCUAGAAUUCUCAAAGAGACUGUCCCUACGAAAAACAAAAAACAAGAAAAGUCCAAGUCAAAUUUGGAAGACUUAAAAGAAGAGUUGAUGUUAAAACAUUUAGCCAGAGAUCGAUUAAAAGUAGUUGUUAAUCAAGAUGAAACUUAUAAACCAAUAGAAAAUGAGGAGCAAAUGUCAACUAACUUAUUUUUACCAGACGUUCAUCCCAAAAUAACAGAUUACGAUCUUAUGCUGGAGUUUGGAGCUUAUGGACCCUUAGCAAGUGUUAAGAUAUACGUUGAAAGAGAUGGCAAUAAACCGAACCAAAAACGCGGAUUUGUGGCUUUCAUGAGCAGGAAAGAUGCAGAACGAGCAUUAGAAGAAAAUAAAAAUCGACGAGACUUAACAGUUCGUUGGGGUAAGCCUGUAGAUCUUCCCACUCAACCCAUUUAUAUACCAGAAUCUUUGUUAAAGUUGUAUCAACCUCCACCACCGUCAGGAUUACCCUUUAAUGCUCAACCACCUGCUGGUUUUAUAAAGCCUAUCAGUGAGAUGAGUGAAGAAGAGUUUAAUACACUAUUAUAUAAUUCUUAUGUCAAAGUGACGUAUCCGAUGAACACAAGAGAGAGAAUGCUGAUUCAUAGAAUGGUAGAAUUUGUAGUAAAAGAAGGUCCAGAGUUUGAAGCCAUGGUGAUGAAUAAAGAAAUCAACAAUCCAGCCUACAAUUUCCUCUUCGAUAACCACUCUUCGGCCCAUUUGUACUAUCGAUGGAAAGUUUACUCAAUAUUGCAUGGUGAUUCUCUCACUAAUUGGUCAACGAAGAAGUUUAGAAUGUUCAAGGGCGGUUCUAUUUGGUGUCCUCCCGUAAUUCCCUGCUACAGUGAUGGCAUGCCGGAUCAAUUGAUCAAGAAAACAACAGAGCAGGAGUUAAUGGAGGAUCAGCGCAACAAAUUAAUCAAACUUAUCCAAAACUUAUCUCCAGAGAGAAGUAAAAUAGCAGAAGGUAUGGUGUUCUGUUUAAAACAUAUUAAUGCUAUUGAUGGUUUAGUUGAUAUCAUUUUAGAAGCACUAACCAAUACUGGAAGUACUAUUCCUAAGAAAAUUGCUAGAUUGUACCUUUUAUCUGAUGUAAUUUCGAACUGUAAAAUUAAAAAAGUAACUUUGAAAAUUCAAGAACAAGAAGAUACUAUAAUAGAAGUGUUUAAAAACUUAGAAACUUUUAGAAACACUUUAGGUACUGCGAGAGAUCAAUUUUCUUCUCGUGUACUCGCUGUAAUUGAGCACUGGCACAACUCAAACUUGUUCAGUGACUCUUUGAUACAAACUAUAAGAUCCAUAUUCCGUUCUGAUACUAUUCAAGAAGAAGGUGAUGACUCAAGUAUAGAUGAACCUCUAGAUGGUGCCAGUUUGCUGAAAAGAUAUCAUCCAGAUAUGGAUCCGAAUAUAAUUAUAGGCGACAAGCUGAAAGCAAAAAAGGAGAAGUCUCCAGAAAAGGAUGUAAGUAUGUAUUUUGUUCCUUCUAAAUGGGACAAAUUAGAUUCUGAAGAUAUAGAGAACCAACCUUCUUUAAUUGAGAAUAUGUUUCACGUGGACUUUGAUGACUCUAAGAAAAGAGAAACAACCAAGCACACGGUACAUUCUGAAGACGUUAAAUACUCUGAUUCUAAGAAUAAGAUAUAUCCGAAAGGAACUGAGAAGUCUAAAAACUCUAGAAGAAGACGAAAAAGUAGAGACAAGGUAAAUUUUGAAGAUGUAGAUGAUCAAUCUGAUUCUGAGAAGAGGAAGUAUAUGAGAGAUUUAAAAAAGACAUCUAAACACUCUGUUAAAUCGAGUAACAAGAAGAAAAAUAAGAAGAAGGAUAAGAAUAGGUUUUAA